UGACAGGAAUAAAUACAGGUCUUUACAGCGAAUUUGAUGCAGGAAGUGGGGGAUGCAUGGGGAUGAUACCGCAUCGACUGCAUCAGCUUGGUCAAUUGAGGACUUGAGAGAGAGAAAUACUUCAUAAAAGUAAGAUUAUUUAAAGUGUUGUGAUCUCUGCAUUUUCCAAAUUGAAAGGGAAUCUGAGGCCAUCUUCCUUAAGUUUCAUAUCAUUCAAGGGAAGUGGAAACUGAAGUAUUGGGGAAACAGUGGGGAGAAGGCCUGAAAGUGAGCUUGAUAGUGAAUUCUUAGCAUAACUUUGAACCCAAAGGGGUUUGCAGAAGAAUGAAUAAUUCAGUAUUGGGAUGCAAAAUAGGUGAUCAAGACGAGGAAAACAAAAAAUAGGCAACUAAGAAGAGCAGAUUAAAAUUCAUACGUAAAUUGUGGUUUAUUAAGAAUGGGAGCCAGCUGCUCUAAGUUCACUGUUUGCUGCUGGACUUCUCCGCUUAAUUCGACGGUCCUUGAGGCUCCUGAUGCUGAGAAUGGGGGCAUUAGAGAAGUGGAUAACUUGCCUGAAUUUGGUGAGUAUUCUUUCGAGCAGCUUAGGGUGGCUACAUCUGGUUUUGCUUCCGAUAAUAUUGUGUCAGAACAUGGGGAGAAAGCUCCCAAUAUUGUUUAUAAAGGAAAGCUGGAGAAUCACCGCCGGAUAGCUGUGAAACGCUUUAACAAGUCUGCUUGGCCUGAUGGACGCCAGUUUAUGGACGAAGCAAGGGCUGUCGGCCAGCUACGCAAUGUUAGAUUGGCUAAUUUGGUUGGCUGUUGUUGUGAGGGUGAUGAGAGGUUGCUUGUUGCUGAAUAUAUGCCCAAUGAUACGUUGGCAAAGCACCUUUUCCAUUGGGAAACACAACCUAUGCAAUGGGCAAUGAGGUUGAGGGUUGCUCUGCAUCUUGCAGAGGCUUUGGAGUAUUGUAGUAGUAAAGGACGGGCCCUCUAUCAUGAUCUUAAUGCAUAUAGGGUUUUAUUUGAUGAGGAUGGUAAUCCUAGGCUUUCCUGUUUUGGCCUUAUGAAGAAUAGUAGAGAUGGAAAAAGCUAUAGUACGAAUUUGGCUUUUACCCCACCUGAGUACUUGAGAACUGGAAGGGUGACACCAGAAAGUGUAAUAUAUAGCUUUGGCACCCUGCUACUUGAUCUUCUAAGUGGAAAACAUAUUCCACCUAGUCAUGCUCUUGACCUUAUCCGAGGCAGGAACUUUCUGAUGCUCAUGGAUUCCUGUUUAGAAGGCCAUUUCUCAAAUGAUGAUGGAACUGAGUUGGUGCGCUUGGCUUCUCGGUGUCUGCAAUAUGAGCCUCGUGAGAGACCCAAUGCCAAGUCCCUAGUAGCUGCUUUGACUUCUCUUCAGAAGGAAGUGGAGGUACCAUCCUAUGUUUUGAUGGGUAUACCUCAUGGAGCUGCUUCCUUGACAUCACCAUCAUCUUUAUCUCCAUUGGGGGAAGCUUGCUCGAGAAUGGAUUUGACUGCCAUACAUGAGAUUUUGGACAAGGUUGGGUAUAAGGAUGAUGAAGGAACAACAAAUGAGCUCUCAUUUCAAAUGUGGACAAACCAAAUGCAAGAGACCCUGAAUUCAAAAAAACAAGGCGAUGCUGCUUUCAGGCAAAAAGAGUUUGCAACUGCUAUCGAUUGCUACACCCAGUUCAUAGACGUGGGCACGAUGGUUUCCCCAACAGUGUUUGCACGCCGUUGUUUGUCGUAUCUCAUGAAUGACAUGCCCCAACAGGCCCUGCGUGAUGCCAUGCAGGCACUGGUCAUCUCCCCCUCAUGGCCUACUGCUCUCUACCUACAAGCGGCUGCUUACCUUGCCCUUGGAAUGGAAGCCGAUGCGCAAGAGGCUUUGAGAGAUGGUGCAUCUAUUGAAUCUCAGAAGAUUGGAAAGUGAGAGAUCUCAUUGAAAAAUACGCCACCCCCAAACUAACUGCCCCACCCCUCGGUUUUCUUGUCUCCCUCAUGGAUACAUACAGGCAUCUCUCUUUCUGUGGGGCACAGAUACAUUGAUGAAGCUGCUGGAUACAUCAUGGUGAAAAUCUGAAAAGUGAAAUAUUCUCUCUCAAUAUAUAUUUUUCACUUUUUGUGAGUGGGGUUGGCUUAAGGAAAAAUUGUAAGUUUGUGUACAGCAACUGACUACAUAUGGUUGUGUGAAAUGUUGGUUUCACGUUCUGUUGAUUUAUUUGGUUGUAGCAUUUUGAUUCGUUUCCCUUUGAUUGUUUCAGAGGUGAGAGUGCUUCUGGGUUUUCUGGUUGCAAAUAAUUCAGGAAAAUGUGAGAUUUGGGUUGUUUUGUAAGUUAACAGAACUUGUUGAGUCUGAUACUCAUUCCCGAAGGGAUUCUUGUUAUGGUGUUUUCUGGUUGCAAAUGAAAUAGGAAAACGUAAGAUUUAGGACUAAA